UGAAUUUGGAGGCUGGAACAGACUUGCGUAAUUCAUUGCGCAAUCUCUUUUUCCUGUAAAAUCUACAGCUCUCUUCUGUCUGUGUGUGCGUUUGGGUGUAAUAGUGUUUCAGUCUCCAGUUUCUACUUCUGUUCAGCGGUUCAGGGGAAUGAAGAUAAAAUGCAUGUAAUAAACCCAAUCUGUGUGCUACUUUUGUGGGUGCAUACGCUGACCUUCGCGCUGAUUCCAGACUGUACACUUCAACAGUUUUUAAACGGACCCAAGUAUGAUUCAAAUUUUGACACAUCUGGGCUUCAGCCCAGCUACCCUGCUGGAAAACAAAUUCGAGUGGCCUGCACUGUUGGCUACAGUGGCUUUUUCAAACUGACCUGUGUCGAGGGAAAAUGGGAGUCUAGAGGCACUGUAUGUCAACCAAAAUCAUGCGGUCAUCCCGGCGAUGCCCAGUUUGCAGAUUUUAAUCUGGAAGUAGGAGACGAUUUUGUCUUUGGGUCAAAAGUUGUAUACACCUGCCACAAAGGUUAUCAAAUGGUCAGUCGCACAAACUCCCGGCGUUGCAUGAAUGAAGGCUGGGAUGGUGUGAUUCCUGUCUGUGAAGCCCAACAGUGCCCAGUGAUUCAUGUGGACAAUAAUGUCCAGGUGAAUGGGGACCCAGAGGAAGCGACCUAUGGCAAUGUAGUUCGGUUCAGCUGCAAGUCCAACAGUUACAUCCUGUCAGAUCCUGCGUCAGCAGAGUUGUAUUGUGAUGAAAAUGGAGAGUGGAGUGGCCAACCUCCAAAAUGCAUAGAGAUUAAAUGUGCAGUACAUCAGAUAGAAAAUGGUCAGGUGUCUGAUCGCGAUAUCCGAGAGUAUAAAGAACAUGAUGUCCUGCAAUUUAGGUGUGAUGUUGGAUAUAAACGCACUGAAGACAGACCCUCAAAAUGCACAAAAGUAGGAAUAAGAGCCGAGUGGACCCCCACACCUGCGUGUGAACCAAUAAAAUGUAAACUGUUGCUGACGCCAGGCGAGGGAACCAGGUAUGGAUCUGUUUCCAGAAAUGUGUUUUUACCUGGUGAGAUACUGAGAGUCAUUUGUGAAGCGAAAUACGGGAUUUCUAACAAUCAGGAAUCAGCAGUAACUACAUGCAAUGAGGACGGAGAGUGGUCUAUCAGACCAAUAUGCACAGAGGUCGUAUGCAGCAAUCGAAAACCACAACAUGUGUAUUCCUGGGGUAUCCCUUACUGGAGAAAUCAACCAUAUAAAAUGGGUGAGACUAUAAACUAUAGGUGUGAGACAGGCUUCAAGAGCACAGAUGAUGCUACCCUGGCCACAUGCACCAGAGAUGGAUGGACACCAAAUCCACUCUGUCAAGAAAUAACAUGUGACAGAAAGGAUAUUCAGGAGGCAGAAGUUAUCAGCGAAUACAAGCAGACAUACCGCUACAAUGAACAGGUCCGUUAUGUCUGCAGGGAGGGUUAUCAAGGACAAUUCACUCUAACCUGUAGAGAAAAUGGUUGGAUCGGGAAUCAAAAGUGUACAGAAAUAACAUGUGACAGAAAGCAUGACCCGAAGGCAGAAGUUAUCAGCGAACACAAGCAGAGAUACCGCUACAAUGAACAGGUCCGUUAUCGCUGCAGGGAGGGUUACCGAGGAGGAGAAUUCACUCUAACCUGUGGAGGAGAUGGUUGGAUCGGGAGAUCAACGUGUAGAGAAAUAACAUGCAACAGAAAGGAUAUCCCGAAGGCAGAAGUUAUCAGCGAAUACAAGCAGACAUACCGCUACAAUGAACAGGUCGGUUAUCGCUGCAGGGAGGGUUAUCAAGGAGGAGAAUUCACUCUAACCUGUGGAGGAGAUGGUUGGACCGGGAGUCCAACGUGUACAGAGGUCGUAUGCAGCAAUCGAAGACCGCAACAUGUGGAUUACUGGGGUAUCCCUUACUGGAGAAAUCAACCAUAUAAAAUGGGUGAGACUAUAAACUAUAGGUGUGAGAGAGGCUUCAAGAGCACAGAUGAUGCUACCCUGGCCACAUGCACCAGAGAUGGAUGGACACCAAAUCCACUCUGUCAAGAAAUAACAUGUGACAGAAAGGAUAUUCAGGAGGCAGAUGUUAUCGGAGAAUACAAGCAGAGAUACCGCUACAAUGAACAGGUCGGUUAUGUCUGCAGGGAGGGUUAUCAAGGACAAUUCACUCUAACCUGUAGAGAAAAUGGUUGGAUUGGGAAUCCAAGGUGUACAGAAAUAACAUGUGACAGAAAGGAUAUUCAGGAGGCAGAUGUUAUCGGAGAAUACAAGCAGACAUACCGCUACAAUGAACAGGUCCGUUAUGUCUGCAGGGAGGGUUAUCAAGGACAAUUCACUCUAACCUGUGGAGGAGAUGGUUGGAUUGGGAGUCCAAGGUGUACAGAAAUAACAUGCAACAGAAAGGAUAUCCCGAAGGCAGAAGUUAUCAGCGAAUACAAGCAGACAUACCGCUACAAUGAACAGGUCGGUUAUCGCUGCAGGGAUGGUUAUCAAGAACAAUUCACUCUAACCUGUGGAGGAGAUGGUUGGACCGGGAGUCCAACGUGUACAGAAAUAACAUGUGACAGAAAGGAUAUCCCGAAGGCAGAUGUUAUCGGAGAAUACAAGCAGAGAUACCGCUACGAUGAACAGGUCGGUUAUGUCUGCAGGGAGGGUUAUCAAGGACAAUUCACUCUAACCUGUGGAGAAAAUGGUUGGAUCGCGAAUCCAAGGUGUACAGAAAUAACAUGUGACAGAAAGAAUGUCCCGAAGGCAGAAGUUAUCAGCGAAUACAAGCAGACAUACCGCUACAAUGAACAGGUCCGUUAUCGCUGCAGGGAGGGUUAUCAAGGAGGAGAAUUCACUCUAACCUGUGGAGGAGAUGGUUGGAUCGGGACUCCAACGUGUAGAGAUGCAUGUCCAAAGCCUGAAGUUCCAAAUGGAUUUGCAGUUGGCCCAUACAACAACACAAUAUACUACAGCUGCAAUGAAGGUUUUAAGCUUUUCAGCAACAACGGCUGGUGGGCUGAGGCCAAAUGUAAUGACAGUCGACUUCAACUAUGCAUCGAGAACACAAAGUGUGGAGAAACUCCUGUGAUUCCAAAUGGGAAAGUGGUACCUCCACAAAGGCAAGACCUAAGGCAAAUCCAAGCUAGGAUUACUUGUAACACAGGAUACAGAACUCAGGUUGACAACUUACCUUGUCGCGAGGGAGAAUGGACGUCAAAUGGAAUAUUACUCGAAGAUAUUUGUAAACCAACUGCCAAGCUCUGCAACCCCCCACCUAAAGUUGAGUAUGCAGUUGUUCGGACAUCUUAUCAGAAGGAAUACUUGUCUGACUCUCCAGUGACUUAUCAGUGCCAUGAUGGCUAUGAUAUUGAGGGAGAAGACACAAUUCUAUGCAAUGAUGGGAAAUGGGAGGAGAAGAACAUAACAUGCACAGAAAUAACAUGUGACAGAAAGAAUGUCCCGAAGGCAGAAGUUAUCAGCGAAUACAAGCAGACAUACCGCUACAAUGAACAGGUCCGUUAUCGCUGCAGGGAUGGUUAUCAAGGAGGAGAAUUCACUCUAACCUGUGGAGGAGAUGGUUGGAUCGGGAGUCCAACGUGUAGAGAAAUAACAUGUGACAGAAAGGAUAUCCCGAAGGCAGAUGUUAUCAGCGAAUACAAGCAGACAUACCGCUACAAUGAACAGGUCGGUUAUCGCUGCAGGGAUGGUUAUCAAGGAGGAGAAUUCACUCUAACCUGUGGAGGAGAUGGUUGGAUCGGGACUCCAACGUGUAGAGAGAGUGUAGGCUGUGGGAGUCCACCACCUCUCACAGAUGGAGACAUCAAGUACACCAUUAAAAGUAAUUACAGCCAUCAAGAAAGGGUUGAAUUCAUGUGUCAAAGAUACUACACCAUGGAGGGUGGGCCUAACAGAACCUGUAUCAGCGGUGAAUGGACCGGACAGAUGAGAUGCCUCAAACCCUGUAUUGUGAAUGAAGACCUCUAUAGACAACACAACAUUACUAUAAAAUCUAGUGACAGUACAUUUUUCUCUCAUGAUGAAAUAAUUGAGUUCAGGUGUGCCAGAGGAGUACCAGUCGGUGCAGUGGCAAUGCGUCAGAGGUGUAAUGGGGGUGUGAUUCUCCUGCCUACCUGCCAGUGAGAGGCAUCUGAAAGUAAUCUACAGAGCGUGCAGACUUAUCCUCCACUUUAACUGUGAACAUUAUAAUAAAACAUACUUGAUCUCUG